CCGCGAGCCUGCUGAAAAAGCCUACUUCCGGAUUACCCGGAAGUAAGCAGAAUUCCCAAAGAUGGCGGAACAAGGUCCGAUGGCCAUAGCGAUGCGGCUACGAAAUCAGCUACAGUCCGUCUACAAACUCGACCCGCUGAGGAACGAGGAGGAGGUCAAGUUGAAGAUCAAGGACCUGAACGAACACAUCGUCUGCUACCUUUGUGCGGGAUACUUCAUCGACGCGACGACGAUUACAGAGUGUUUGCACACCUUCUGCAAAAGCUGUAUCGUGAAAUACCUUCAAACGAGCAAAUACUGUCCCAUGUGCAACAUCAAAAUCCACGAAACGCAGCCUUUACUCAACCUGAAACUGGAUCGAGUCAUGCAAGACAUCGUCUACAAACUGGUGCCUGGACUGCAAGAAAGUGAAGACAAAAGAAUUAAGGAGUUUUAUCAGUCCCGUGGGUUAGAGAGAGUUAUCCAGCCUGCAGGAGACGAUGCGAUGCCUGAUUCGACAGGAUUACCGUACACGAGCUUUGACCAUUCGAAAGCCCAUUUCUACAGAUACGACGAGCAGGUUUCUCUCUGUCUAGAAAGGCAAAGUUCAUCUCUCGCUGGGAAAGACAAAACGAAACUUACUCUUCAGCAGAAGUUUGUCCGCUGCUCGGUGCGAGCGGAGGUGCGACACCUGCGGAAAGUCCUCUGUCAUCGGCUAAACGUGGAGAAACACCAGGUCCAGAUGUUGUUCAAUAACGAGUCCCUGCCCGAUCACAUGACCAUGAAGCGCCUGUGGCUCUCGUACUGGUUUGGCAAGGCUCAGCCGUUAGUCCUUCACUACGCCAUCAAGGACAAAAGGACCAGAUAGGGGCACGUCUUCAGUCGACACACAGCUGUUAAUAUUUUGUACAAUAUAUAUUCUAUUUUAAUAGUGUUUGUGUACAUAUACUUAUUUUCCUUGUUUUGUAUUUUUGAGAAUAAAUUUAAAAUGUGAAAAACA